CCAACACAAUCACUUCCUCUCUCUCCGUCAACUCUCCGGUCACUCCGUUCUCCUCCUCUCCAUGACGGUCUCCCAAGUUAUGUCACUAGAUCAAAUGGAAUCUGAUGGCGAUGUCGAUCACACGGAAUCACCGUUCGUACCUAUUUGUGCUUCUAUGAUCCUUGCAAAUGAUUUACCCUUUGAAUACUUUGAGUCCUACGCUAUGAGAAACUACAUACAGUGCUUAAAUCCUAAUGCUGUUAUGCCUCUUAUAAAUGUUAUUGAGGCUCAUGUCUCUGAUUUGUACACCAAAGAGAAACUCAAGCUUAAACAGGAAUUGGCUUCCAUUCCUAAUAGGAUAUCUUUAACUUAUGAUUUAUGGACAUCUUGCACUACCGAGACUUAUAUUUGCUUGACAGCGCAUUUCGUUGAUGCAAAUUGGAAGUUUAAUAGUAAGGUUCUUAACUUCUCUCUUGUUUUGCCAACUGAAGCUGAGAUUUGUGAGAGGAUGGUUGAGUUUUUGAACGAUUGGGGAAUAGAGAAAAAGAUUUUCUCCCUCACUUUAGAUGAUUCUGUUAAGAAUGAUGCUCUGCAAAAGCAAUUGAAAAGUCGACUUGGUUUGCAAAAUGGCUUGUUAUGUGAUGGAGAGUUCUUUCAUGCUCAUUGUUUUGCUCGCGUUUUGAAACUGAUUGUCGAAGAAGGGUUGAAACUAGUUCGUCGUGCUGUGUGUAAAAUUAGAGAGAGCAUAAUCUUUGCGAGGCAGUCAAAGAGUAGUAGGAGAAAAUUUAAGGAGUGUGUUGAAAAGGUUGGUGGUGUUGAUAGUUCGGUUCGCUUGCAUCUCGACAUGUCUAUGACAGUGAGCUCGGUUUAUUUGAUGCUUGAAAGUGCUGUUAAAUACCGACGUGUGUUUGAACGUUUUCACUUGUAUGAAGAUAAUUAUGCGUCAUGUCCUUCAAAGAAACAGUGGAGAAGAGUAGAAAAAAUUUGUGCAUUUCUAUUGCCUUUAUGUGAAACUGCCAACAUGAUUAAUGGCACAACACAUGCUACUUCCAACUUGUAUUUUAUGCAAGUUUGGAAGGUUCAAUGUGUUCUAGUUGAUAGUUUGGGAGAUGAAGAUGAAGGUAUAAAGAUAAUGGCUAAAAGGAUGAUGGGCAAGUUUAAGAAAUAUUGGGAUGAGUAUAGUGUUAUUCUUGCAUUGGGAGCGGUUCUUGACCCACGGAUGAAAUUUUCGAGAUUGGAUUAUUGUUACUCGAAACUCAAUCCAUCAACCUGUAAACGGAAGUUGAAAAAAGUGAAGACAAAGUUGUACAUGCUAUUUGACAAGUAUUCUAGCAAAAGUACUUCUUCUGGCGUUCAAAUAACUACUCAAGGCCAAUCCUCUACCACACCGCUGCAAAAGAACCCCGAGUCUUCAUCUCACGACCUAUUUGAUGAAUUGAAAAUGCACCAUCAACAACUUGUCACUGAAACUGGAAAGUCUGAACUUGAUGUUUACUUAGAUGAGCCAGACUUGGAUUUUCUUUGUAAUGAAGAUAUGGAUGUAUUACAAUGGUGGAAGAGUAAUAGUAAUCGGUUUCCAGAUCUAUCAAUAUUGGCUUGCGACUUGUUAAGUGUUCCUAUGACCACAGUGGCUUCUGAUUUUGAAUUUUGCAUGGGCUCACACGUGUUUAACAAGUAUAAACAUCGUAUGUUGCCAAUGAAUGUGGAAACUAGAAUUUGUACUCGCAGUUGGUUGUACAAUUUUGCUAACGAUGGUGGGGAAGAUGAUGAAGAUUACUUUGAAGAUAUAAUGAAUGAAAUUGACGGUGAUGAUGGUGACGAUGAUGGAGAAGACGAUGAUGAAUGAAGAUGCUGGUGAUGUUGGUGAUGAUGAUGGAGAAGACGAUGAUGAAUGAAGAUGAUGAUGCUUGAUUUGCUCUUAUUUAUUUAACUUUGGUUUAUGAUGUUUUUUUGGCUUUUUGGUUCAAAAAAUUAAAGCUAUGUAUGGGAAGCUAGGUUAUGUUUUCUGGACUUACUGGUGGACUUAGUUUUUAAUAUUUGUAAUUGUAAACUUGUUUUUAACUUGUGAGUUGUGAUAUGUUUAUG